AUGUCUUCGUCUGCCCCGAUCUCGUCAACCGAGAAGAAAAUUGGCGAGAAAAAUGAUCUUCUUGCCGACUGGGAUGGUCCAGAUGAUCCAGAGAACCCUAAAAACUUUGCCACUUGGCGAAAAUGGGUCAUAGUCAUUACUGUUUCGUCUAGUUCACUCUGUGUAACAUGUACCUCAGCAUUGUACUCGUCCAUCUACAACCAAAUCACAGUCCAGUUUCAUAUAUCAGAGUUAGUCGCUACUGUAGGGUUAUCCCUGUUCAUCUUUGGCAUGGGCGUUGGGCCUAUGUUUGUUGCCCCUAUCUCCGAGUUCUAUGGACGACGCCCAAUAUACUUUGUUUCCCUGGCUCUGUUUACGAUAUGGCUCAUUCCAUGUGCAGCAGCCGAUAAUUUCGGAACGAUGCUCGCUGGCCGAAUGCUGGGUGGCCUGUCAAGUGCCGCAUUUCAGAGCGUGGCUGGAGGUACCAUCGGCGACCUGUUCACUCGUGAAACACUGCAGCUUCCAAUGAUGGUAUACACCGCAACGCCGUUUGCCGGGCCUGUCCUCGGACCACUUAUUGGUGGAUUCAUCAACUCAUUCACCUCGUGGCGCUGGUCGUUCUAUGUGAUCAUCAUCUGGAGUUCGUCACUCUGGCUUGUUACCAUCAUCUUCAUGAAAGAGACAUAUGCUCCCGUUCUUCUACGCAAGAAGGCACUCCGCCGACACGCCGCUUCAGCUGAAUGUGAUACUGGUGCUGGAGCUGAUGCUGCUGUUUUACAGCCUCAGGCGGUAUCAAUGCAGCAAGCCUUGUUGAGGUCAAUGUACCGCCCGUUCCUCUUGCUGUUUUUGGAGCCAAUGUGUCUGUGUCUUUGCGUAUACACUGCGAUUAUAAUCGGAACCCUGUACCUUUUCUUCGGUGCGUUCCCUUUGGUUUUCUCAAACUUGUAUGGAUUCAAUUUAUGGCAGAUCGGGUUGACGUUCCUCGGUCAACUUAUUGGCACGUUCCUUGGUGUUGCCCUCGAUCCUCUCUGGAGGUGGAAUCUAAAGAGACUAGUUCGAACAAAGUCAUCCGAUGAAAAGGAGGUGUUUCUUCCAGAAUUUCGACUUCCGCUAGCAAUACUCGGUGCUCCUCUUAUCACAGUUGGACUGUUUUGGUUUGGCUGGAGCAGUACUGCAUCAGUUCAUUGGAUUAUGCCCAUUAUUGGAAGCGUCUUCUUCGGUUGUGGCGUCUUUCUCGUCUUCCAAGGCGUAAUCACCUUCCUUGUCGAUGCGUAUCCAUUAUACGCAGCAAGUGCAUUAGCGGCCAAUGCGUUCCUUCGAAGCAGCUUUGCCGCAGCAUUCCCUCUCUUUGGAAUCCAAAGCAAUGUAUGA